CUCCCCAUCUUUUCCUGUUGCAUUGAACUGCCUUUCGUCUCUCUCUUCCUCCUUUACUGGAGUGAAGUCGUGUUGAUUGAUGGAAACGAGGCUAUUAGCCAAAGAGCGAGAGAAAAAGCAGCAGCCGUUUGUUCUUUGAUUCAGUCGUCCGCCGUGGAUCCACCAUUGAAUCGUCUCGUCUCUGGGCUUUUUAGAGUGCUCAGGUGCAUAUGCUCAUUUGCACAUUGGUGACGUCAUCAUCGAGCUUCGGGGUUGUCGGGUGCAGCCGUAGACUGUAUAAAAUAGGUUGCACCGAGGGAAAGAUCACUCAAGCAAAACUUGGAGGAGUGGCUUGUAAACCUGUGCAGAAGCUGUCUCUAGCUCCGUGGCUAACCCCCUUCACUUCAACCAGCAGUACACGGGUCCCAUCUCGGCCGAGCGAGGGGGCGAGCUGGCCAUGGGGGGAGGUCGCAGCGAGACCUCGGCACUGAGCGGGACAGGAGGGGGGCGGGGCAUGACCACUACCCAUAAUUCCCAACGGCCCAACGCCUGCUGCUUCUGCUGGUGCUGCUGUUGCAGCUGCUCAUGUCUCACCGUCAGGAAUGAAGAGGAGCGACGGCGGCGGAGGAGGAGGAGGAGAAUAUCACAGGACACCAAGAUGGAAACCAUACCAAACUGUGAAGUUUGCACCAAACCCUCGGCGGAAGAGAUCCGGCUGUGGUCUCAGUCUUUCGACAAGCUGAUGAGGAACCCGGCGGGGCGGAAUAUUUUCCGGGAGUUCCUGCGGACGGAGUACAGCGAGGAGAACAUGCUGUUCUGGCUGGCCUGCGAAGACCUCAAGCAGGAAAUCAACAAGAGCGCCGUGGAGGAGAAGGCGCGCUCCAUCUACGAGGACUACAUCUCUAUUUUGUCGCCCAAGGAGGUGAGUCUGGACGCCCGGGUUCGAGAGGUGAUCAACAGGAAGAUCCAGGACCCGACGCCUCACGUGUUUGAAGAUGCCCAGCUACAGAUCUACACGCUGAUGCACCGGGACUCAUACCCACGGUUCCUCUCCUCCAGCAUCUACAAGUCGCUCAUUCACGGCGGCUCACGUACCUCCUCCGAAUCCUAGUCCCACACCAUCUCCUGAUCCUGCACUUCCAGGGUCCAUGCCAGACCACUUUCAUCGCUUCUUUACCACGCUCCUCCCAGUACAACACUCUCCACAAAAUGAUCAGACGAUUCCUCGCCUCCUCACUUCACUCAUCCAAAUCCCACAUCUCUCAGAUCACUGCCACGACUUCCUUCUCAUUUCUUGUUUUCCCUUUAACUUUUAGUACUGUUGCCAAGACUUCCUCUCUUGACUCCUUUUUUCUUUACUCCUACUAUUGUCUCUUUGUUCUCAUUAAAUCUUCUUUUUGGUGCUUUUUCCUUUC